ACGACUCUCUUAGCAUUUGAGUACUUGCUACCCUUAAGCAAUUGUUGCAAUUGUAAUUGGUCGAGUCAAUCUUCAGCAAUUGAGUUCUUGUAAUCAGCAGCUUUCAGCAAUAAUAUAGCUCAACUAUCUAAUAGAAUAAUCAGAAUUUUCCAAAACACCAGUUGUGAUAGUCACCAAGUUCAUGCUAGGAUCAUGGCUGACCUCAGAUCUUGCAUUAGUGAUUGGAGCAGGAUAAAGAAGAUUGAUAACAUAAAUUGUUUUGUCGGUCGACAGGGGAGACUAGAGUUGCAACCCUCCUCAGGGAAGAGGGGCAACAUAUCACUGGGCUGAUGAUGGCAACGGUGCUGAAAACCAUGCUAAAGGCUUGCCUAGUUGUGGCUUAUGGUAUGCUAACUAUGUUUAGAGCGACUUGUGCUGUUUUAAACAACCCAAUACAUAUGGUACCUUCAUUGAUGGAAACAGGAGCCCGCUUUCUUGUUACUAGGUUCCUCGGACAGUAUAUCUCUACUGGUUGUUUAAUUUUACUGGAGGAAGGAGGCACAAUUUUCACCUUUGAAGGAACCGGAAAGAAAUGUCUUCUUAAAACUUCCAUCAGAGUUCACAAUCCCCAGUUUUACUGGAAGGUUGCUACACAGGCUGAUUUGGGCCUUGCAGAUGCGUAUAUAAAUGGGGAUUUUUCUUUAGUCAAUACAAACGAAGGCCUUCAAAACUUAUUCAUGAUUUUCAUUGCCAACCGAGACUUAAAGAAUUCGGUCUCAAAGAGGAGGGGCUGGUGGACACCAUUGCUUUUCACUGCUUGUAUUGGAUCUGCGAAAUAUUUCUUUCGUCAUGUAACACGACAAAAUACCCUUACGCAAGCACGCAGGAAUAUCUCACGUCAUUAUGACUUGAGUAAUGAACUGUUUGCUCUUUUCCUCGAUGAAACAAUGACAUACUCUUCUGCGAUAUUUAAGUCUGAAGACGAAGACUUGAAAGUUGCACAGAUGAGAAAAAUCUCUCUUUUGAUAGAAAAGGCAAGAAUUGAUAAGGAACAUGAAGUUCUUGAGAUUGGAUGUGGCUGGGGAAGCUUGGCUGUUGAAGUUGUCAAGAGGAUGGGAUGCAAAUACACUGGCAUCACUCCAUCUGAGGAGCAAUUGAGAUUUGCUGAAAUGAAAGUGAAGGAAGCUGGCCUUCAGGACCGCAUAAAGUUCCUUCUUUGUGACUACCGCCAAUUGCCUGAUACCUGCAAAUACGACAGAAUUAUAUCAUGUGAGAUGAUAGAACAUGUUGGCCAUGAGUAUAUGGAGGAGUUUUUUGGCUGUUGUGAUUCAGCAUUGGCAGAAAACGGUCUGCUGAUUCUACAGUCUAUAUCCAUACCAGAUGACCGAUAUGAUGAAUACAGGAAAAGCUCGGAUUUUAUAAAGGAAUAUAUUUUCCCAGGUGGAUCCCUACCUUCAUUAAGUAGAAUAACAUCAGCAAUGGCUGCUUCAUCCAGGCUCUGUGUUGAGCACCUGGAAAAUAUAGGGAUACAUUACCACCAAACACUCAGAUGUUGGAGGAAAAACUUUCUGGAGCAACAGAGCCAAAUCAUCGCAUUGGGGUUCAAUGAAAAGUUCAUCCGGACAUGGGAGUAUUAUUUUGAUUAUUGCGCAGCUGGUUUUAAAUCAAGGACACUUGGAGACUACCAGAUUGUAUUCUCGCGUCCUGGCAAUGUCUGCGCACUGGGCGAUCCAUACAAGGGCAUACCUUCUGCUUAUUGAUGAUGAUGCGAAGAUCGUACCUUUUCCCUUCAAUAAUUCAUGUCGUCGUCUGAAGACAAAUCAGACCUGCUCAAGCUCGGAAACACUUUGUCUAAGUAUUUUUUUUUUUUUUUUUUGAAACACGAUAGAAAUGCAUUGAUGAAUAAUAAAACUACGGUGUGGGCAAUUUGACUUGUUUUCCCGGGUGAUCCAGAAUGUCUAGACGAUGCAUUUAUAAGGAUUGAAUAACGUUUUCCCGGAUUUUUUAUGCUAUAUUUUCUCACUGAGGUGUGGCAUACGAUUACCUCAAUCUAUUUCCUUCUUUCUUUUUUUCCUA